AUGAAAUUGCUCUACUUCCACGCUGGGAUGAUGGCAAAUGAAGGGGAUCAUAGGGAUGAGAAGAAUGAGAAGUCGUACGGUGUCAUCAUGGAUGCGGGUUCUACAGGAACUCGACUCUUCUUGUACACCUGGACGAGUAACUCAGACAAAGAACUAAUCGAUAUUGCUCCUGCACUUGACCACCUGAAUAAUCAUGUUGUCAUGAAAGUGUACCCAGGACUGAGUACGUUCCAAGACCGUCCCGAUAAGGCUGCAGAAUAUAUAAAACCGUUACUGGAUUAUGCAGCACAGUUCAUACCUCACGAGAAGUUGCCGUACACACCAGUUUUUCUUCUCGCAACGGCUGGAAUGCGACUUGUUCCUGAGAAACAACAAGCUGCGAUUCUCACCGAUCUUCACACUAAGCUGCCUCAAAUGACGACAAUGCAGAUUAUGAAAGAGCAUAUAAGAGUAAUCGAAGGCAAAUGGGAAGGCAUUUAUAGUUGGAUCGCAGUGAACUACAUUUUAGGUAAAUUCAAGAUAAAAAACGGUUCAAUGACUUCUCGACCAGACACAGUGGGAAUGAUCGACAUGGGAGGUGCUAGCAUGCAAAUUGCAUUCGAAAUGCCGCCAAAAGAUGAAUUCCGCAGUGAAAAUGUAGAAAAUGUCAAUCUUGGCUGCCGUGAUGAUGACGAUAGACACAAGUACAAGCUAUUCGUGACAACAUUCUUGGGCUACGGAGUCAAUGAAGGUCUUCGAAAAUAUGAACAACAGUUGAGCGAUCAGCUCCUGGCGACUAAAGAGAGCUAUGUCAGGGAUGAAUGUAUGCCGGUCAAUCUGCAGAAGGUGAUCAAUCGAAGCGACGGUUCAAUGUUUGUGCGAAAGGGAAUCGGCGAUUGGGAAGGAUGUGUAAAGCGACUUUCAAGUCUGCUCACAAGACCUUACGUGCACCCAAAAUCUCUCUGUAAACCAAACUGCUUUCUAGGAAAUGUUGCCGCACCCAUGGUUUCUCUCUCCUCUAUGGCCCUAUAUGGGUUCUCAGAAUACUGGUACUCUCUUGAAGAAGUGCUGUCAUUAGGCGGUCGCUAUAAUUAUUCAUUAAUUGCUGAAAAAUCGAAACAAUAUUGCUCACAACGGUGGUCGGCCAUACAGAGUGCGUUCAACAUCGCAGGUCAAGAAGUGCAGUGGGCACUGGGCGCAAUGAUCUAUCAUAUGCGGUACUUCCCGUUACGUAAUAGUGCUAGUAACUUAGUCGUAAGCAGACAUCCUCACGAUAAUUCAUUACCAUCGUCGUUUACCCUUUGGCUUCUAAUGGGAGCCAUGAUUGUCCUUGUGGCAGCGUUUGCUGUUGUCAUUCUGAAGGAGGACAUAUCAACUGGAAUGAGGCGUAAUCGGUCCAUAUGGAGCUACAUGACGCUGAAUUCGAGUGACACAACAAGUCUGUCUUCCUUUCGUUCGUACUGGGGCAAUACUGUUUGCGUUCAAUCAGCGGCUGUAAAUGAUGAGGUUGCUUCAGCCAUCGAAAAAGCAAUCACCUCAUGCAAGGGUAACCUUCAUCUUGGAAGGCUUUUUGACAAAAUCCGGCCCAAAAUGAAGCGAGAUGACGCAAUAGUACUUCUUACCGAUGCCACCACCUUCAAGGCUGAUAUUACCUCAUAUCCACUGGGUAUGAUGUUUUCAGUCGUGGUUGAUCUAACACCAACGAAUUCUGAUCAGAUAUCCGAACUGAACGAGCUAGCAAAAGCUUCCGCCAGUGAACAGCUUUCAAACUCUAAUGCGAAACAGUGGGUAUUGCGGUAUAGCGAUUAUAACGAUGUGAGCAUACUUGUGGAUGAACUGAUGAAAUCAGUAUUGGAACCCGACUCCACAAUACUCUAUGUCGGUAAUUUAACGGCAUCAAUAUCGGUGAGUUCAAGUGAACAGCUUGUCAAAUUCCUCCUCCUGAUUGUAUUG